GGAUAAAACAUCGGUUCCUUUUUAAUAAAGAUAUUUUAUUAACAGAAGUCCAGUCAGUGAUUAAUGAUCAGAAUCUGAGCACGUCCUAUGGCAGAGCUGCACAUCAUCGGCCAGAUCAUCGGGGCCAGCGGUUUCCCUCAGAGCAGCCUGUUCUGCAAGUGGGGCGUCCACACAGGUGGAGCAUGGAGGCUCCUGUCCGGUCUAAAGGAGGGGCAGACCCAAGUGGACACGCCUCAGAUAGGAGAAACGGCCUACUGGAGUCACCCUAUCGACCUGCAUUACACCACCAAGGGUCUGCAAGGUUGGCCCAAGCUGCACCUUCAGGUCUGGCAUCAGGACUCUUUCGGCAGGUGUGAGCUGUACGGUUACGGGUACUGCCACGUGCCCUCCAGCCCCGGGCAGCAUCGCCUGCAGUGCGUGACCUGGAGGCCGGUGGGUAGCUGGCAGGACCAGCUGGCCCAGAUGUUUGUGGGCGGAGGUCCUCAGCUUCGCUCCCCUGAUCUGAUCUACAGCGGAGCGGACCGGUACAGACUGCACACUGAGACCAUGGGUACGGUGGAGCUGGAGCUCUGUGUUAUCCUGCGCCAUUUCGACCGAUACGGCGUAGAGAGCUGAUGAAGGCUGUUUUAUAUAAAAUAGUAUUUUUAUUACGCCUCUACACUUUCAUCACGGUGCUGAAGCUCUUUCAGGGAUCCGGUGGAACCUGGAAAUCGGCCAGUGUUUGUACUGGUAUAUAAAAAGCUAAACCUUGACAUCAUGAGAUCAUUUAGGUCGUUUACAAUAGACCUAAAAAGUUUGUAUGCAGAAAUUCAUUCUGAGGAACGUCAUGGCAAUAUUAGGAUCUCUUCUUAUGAUUAGAGCACAUGCACUAUAUGAACAAAAGUAUUCGGACACCAGACCAUGAGCUUGUUGAACAUCCAAAUCAAAAAUAAAGUGACCUCUGUGUGAUCUUAUCAGCUAAAAUGACAGCCACUAGGGCCGCUCAGGUGGCGCAGCGGUAAAAAGUACGCUAGCACACCAGAGUUGGGGUUUCGAAUACAUCGUAUCGAAUCUCAGCUCUGCCUUCCGACUGGGCUGGACGGCUGCAUGAACAACGAUUGGCUGUUGUCCAGGUUUAGGGGUAAAAAGUCGGACCAUCAUAACUGGUGCGACUGCGGCCCCUGCUGGCUGACUGAUGGCGCCUGCACAGGGCUGAGGAAUAAUGCUGAUGGGGGUGUGGCCCUCCGUACACAGUGCCCGUCAAGUGUAUGAACUCGACUUGUGCAGGUGAAAAAUGCAGUCUGUACUGACUGUACGUGCCGGAGAGGCGUCCUCAGUCAGCGGUGAAGGGUCGAAUCAGUAUAGAGGACGCAAUCAGGGUAACUGGACACGACUAGAUUAGGGGAGAAAAUUGGGGGGAAAAAGGGUGAAGAUUAGAAAAUUAAAAAAAAAAUUUAAAUAAAUAACUAAAAGCCACUGUUUUUGAAGUAUCACAUCUGUGGGAAUUUGUGCCCAUUCAGUCAAAACAGCGUUUGUAUGUCUGGGCACUGAUGUCGGUCAAGAAAGCCUCGGUGAAUAUUCAAAGUUAUUCCAAAGACUGGAGUCUCUUUAAACCGAGCUUUGCUUUGUGCACAGGGGCACAUCCAUGCUGGAACAGGAAAGGCCUUCCCUAAACUGUUGCUGCAAAGUUGGAAGCAUGUCAUUUUCUUUUAUGUAAUUGAUUCAUUACACCGGUUAGCAAUUGAGAAAACACAUGAAUUCAAUAAUAAUAAGAAGAGGUGUCCCAAUACUUUUGUCCAUAUUAAAUAUGUAAUUCUGGUCAGUUGGAUCACAUAACAAGAAAUGCAGUGAUGAUAUUCACAUCAGAAACGAACUUUUAUAAUGACCUGAGUGUUUUUAUCAUUUUUAUAUCGUUUUAUACACAUUUUAUAAUGUUUUGAGUUGUUUAGAAUUGAUUAAAGGUUCUUACUGCUUA